UGCUGCCCAUUAAAAUUACAGAAAGGCAAAGUUACUUGGAUGCGAUUAAUGCGAGCAGCAUCUUUUCGCAUUCUCUCAUCCAAACCCUAGUUCAUACUCGAGGGCAUUUCAAUCUCCAUCCCAAAAUUCCUCUGUUGGUUUCAAUUAUUUUCUGCUCAUGGCCAUGGAAUCGAAUUCCAGCCCUAAUUCGUUAGGAGAGGAAGCGAGGAACUGGCUUGAACUGCCUGCAGAUGUCACGUCUAUGAUUCUGCUGAAGUUAGGCCCCGUUGAUAUUCUCACCAACGCUCAAGACGUUUGCUCUUCGUGGCGUAAGAUCUGUGAGGACCCUCUCAUGUGGCGCGUCGUCGAUAUGCGCUAUUCCGGUGAUUGGUGGGACAUGGACUACGAUUUGGAGGAGAUGUGCAGGCAGGCUGUUGACCGUAGUUGUGGCCAAUUGAUUUACAUUAAAAUUGAGCAUUUUGGCACCGAUGAUUUGCUCCAGUAUAUUACUCAGAGUUCAAAUCAACUUAGAGAACUCCGCCUUGUAUAUUGCAAUCGCAUCUCAGACGAGGGAUUGAUUAAAGCAGUUUCAAAACUUCCCUUGUUGGAGGAUCUUGAGAUAUCUUUCGGUUCAUUUGAUGUGGAAACUUUGGAAACUCUUGGUCAAUGUCGCCCUCUUCUGAAAUCACUAAAACUGAACCGUCAGUUUUACAGACGGGUGGAAUGUGAUAAGGGAGCCCUUGCUAUUGCUGAAAAUAUGCCUAAUCUACGUCACCUUCAGAUAUUUGGCAACAGCCUUACUAAUAGGGGCUUGGAGGCCAUUCUUGAUGGUUGUCCUGACUUAGAAUCUCUUGAUUUACGCCAGUGUUUCAAUUUGAAUUUGGCGGGACAGUUGGGUGCAAAAUGUUCUGAGAAAAUAAAAAAUUUACGGUUGCCUCAUGAUCCCACUGAUGACUAUGAAUUUUCAACCGAAAUUGUUGAAUAUGGUGAUGAUUAUGAGGAGGAUUAUGGUUACCCUUUUGGCUUGUCUGACACCGAUUUAUUGACUGAUGACGACGACUAUUAUGAAUUCUCAGGGGGCAGCGAUUUCUCUGACUAUACAGACUUGUAUUUUUAUUGAAGGUUCGGUUUUAGAAGCAUAGUGAGAGAAAACCCUGGUCUGCCUAAUAUCGCUUGCUGCCCCCUCUGCCAAUGGUAGUUGGUCCAAUGAGCCUAGCAACUGCUGAACUGCAAGAGAGAAGAAUGAGAGGCUCUGUUUCCACUAGAGUAAGUAAUUUUGUUGUUCUCUUCUACAUGCAAUAAGUAAAAGCCUAAAACAACUUCUGGGUAUCUUCAUUUUGUGUGUUUAUAGAUGAAGAUAAUUCUAGGAAGUCUAAGAAACAUAUCAAAACUCAACUAACCAAGUGAUAUGUUGUAAAGUCACUAGUUCACGUGUCAAAUAUGCUUGUUUAUACUUGUACUAAUCGAUUUUAUGCUAUAUCACUUGGAUUGUAAAAUGUUGAUAUAUCUUGCAAUGUAUAGUGGUUAUUUUAUAAAUUUGUGUUGCUCGUUUGAUUGA